CAACCCAAAAAAAAUUAAAAAAGAGAGAAUUGUUACAGUACGCCGUUUUGAAAACAUAUCGACUUACCUUCUUCGGUCUUUACUCUAAUUCACUUGCUGCCACUUCUGUUCAGCCCUCUCCGCCGUCGCCAUCGGGAACCUCCGCAACAUUACUGGCAGGAGGGUUUCUCUUCUUCAGUAAUCUGAUCAGCACGGGACCAAACUACCAAAUCUCUCUUUCUGCCCUUUUCUAAUUCUAGUGUCCCUUCAUAUUGCGGGAUAUUUAUGAUGAUUGGUUUACAGAAUUCAGCUGGGCUACUUUCUAAUAUCAGUCAGCGACUCCUUCAGACUGUUACCUCUCGUGGUCUACGCUUUCAAUGCCUUCGUGUGGGAAACACAGAGAUCCCAAAUGACAAGAGACUUGAAAUCUCACUUCAGCACAUUUAUGGAGUAGGUCGCUCUAGAGCUUGCCAAAUCCUCUGUGAGCUCAGCAUAGGGAACAAACUUACUAAGGAUUUAACUGGAGUGGAGCUCAACAGUCUUCGUGAAGAAGUUUCAAGAUACUUGACUGGAGAAGAUUUGAGGCGGUGCAUUAAAAACGAUAUAGGGAGAUUGGUGGACAUACAAUGCUACCGUGGGAUUAGACAUCAACAAGGCUUGCCUUGCAGAGGACAACGAACCAGCACAAAUGCCAGGACACGGAAGGGUAAGAGGGUUGCAAUUCCAGGGAAAAAGAAACCCACCCGUUAAAUCUAACAAUUGAUUGUUUUGUGCAAUCAGAGAAUUUGGAUAUGCAUAAGAUUUGAGACAGAUUAGUGUUUUAUAGGUUGAUUAGAUCCUAUUCAAGUUUUCCCUUUCUUGGAAGUGCCUUUUGUUACUUGUUGAACAUAGAAUUUGUUUCUGGUGUUUCCAGAUGUGACUUAUUUGUGCUUUUCCCUGCAUAAAUUUAAUUUUGCAGAUUAACAUUUUGUCAA